AUGCCUAAGGUUGGUAAAGAAGGUGAAGCCGGCAAAACUUUCAAAGUCAAUGGCUAUAGUUUGGAAGAUUGUAGGAAGGCAAUGGCUGAGUUUAUUAUCCUUGAUGAACACCCUUUUAAAGUGGUCGAAGGGAUUGGGUUUCACAAAAUAAUUAAUCGAUUUGAGCCAAGAUUCACUGUACCAUCCAAGAUGAUAAUGUCAGGAGAUUGCUUUCAUCUUUAUUUAGAUGAGAAGAAAAAACUUAAAGCUUGGUUGGCAAAUUCAUGUGCUCGAGUUUGUUUGACAUCAGAUUGUUGGACAUCAAAUCAAAAUCUUAGCUACAUGAGCCUAACUGCACAUUUCGUUGAUGACGAAUGGAAGCUACAAAAGAGAAUUCUCAACUUUUGCUUGAUUGAGAACCACAAGGGAGAAACAAUAGGGAGAGAAAUUGAGACAUGUUUGAGAGAGUGGGAAAUUGAAAAGGUCUUCACAAUCACAUUAGACAAUGCAUCUUCAAAUGAUGGGGUUAUCACUUACCUUCAAAGAAAAUUAGCUGCAAGGGGUGGAUUGGUGUACGGAGAAAAAUAUUUAAAAAUGAGGUGUUGUGCUCAUGUUCUCAACUUGAUAGUGAAUGAAGGAAUUAAAGAGCAACAUGCCUCCAUUGAAAGCAUUCGGAAUGCUAUUAGGUAUGUUAGAUCUUCUCCCCAAAGAAUUAAAAAAUUUAAAGAAUGCAUUGAGGCUGAGUUGAUAGAGUCUAAAAGUCUUGUUUGUUUGGAUGUUCCAACUAGAUGGAAUUCCACCUAUCUAAUGUUGGAACAUGCUGAAGAUUUUGAAAAAGCUUUUGAUAGACUUUAUGAUCAAGAAACUGAAUUUUUUAGAUGGUUUGGAGAGGAUAGUCAGGGUAUAAAGAAAGUUGGUCCACCCACAACACUUGAUUGA